CUUCUAUAGCCCGCCCGGCCUAGACGAGCUAGCGUAUAUCGAACGGUACGGUGUUGCGUAUAGUGUAGCUUAUUACGGCUGGUUGCAUAUAUGCUCAUUGACGCCAUGCGGACCGCCGGCGGCGGCGGAGGCGGAUACCGGGCGGUGCAGCAGCAGCAAGUGCUGGGGGCGGAAGCGGCGGCGGCGGUGAGGCAGGCGGCGGGCCUGGCUCGGCGCCGGGGCCACGCGCAGGUCACCCCGCUCCACGUCGCCUGCGCUGUCAUGUCAUCCUCUUCUUCUUCUUCUUCCUCGGCGCCGGGCACUGGCACGGGCGCGGCCGGACUCCUCCUCCCCUCCGCAUGUCCGCUCCGGAAGCGGCAGCAGCACGAGGCGGCGGCGGCGGCGCUAAAGCUCCAGCUCCAGCUCCGCCUCGACGCCGCCCUCGGCCGCCUCCCGGUGCGCGCGCCGUUCCAGCACGCGUCGGCGCCGAAGACGACGAUGGUGCCGCUGUCGAACGCGCUGGUGGCGGCGCUGAAGCGGGCGCAGGCGGCGGCGGUGCAGCACCGGAGGAGCGGCAAUGCGGUGGUGGUGGUGGAGCUGGAGCGGCUCGUGGCGUCCAUCCUCGACGACCCAAACGUCAACCGCGCCGUGCGCGAGGCCGCCUCUGCUGCCGGCAAGAAAAAGGGCGCCGCCGCGCUCUCCAGUGGCGAGAGUAGCAGUGCUGCUUGUCCUGAGACAACAGCGCUGCACCGCGCACACCCAGUCGAUCAAGACGGAAGCCUCAGCUGCCACCACAGGGAUCAAUCAAGUGAAACAAAACAAAGAACAGGCCAAUCGGCCAUAGUCGGCGGCACGAAGGCAAGGGCGAGCCUCCCGCCUUGGCUCCGCCGCAUCAACCAAGACCAAUAUCAUCCAAACCUCACAAGAAUCGCAUCACACCAACGGCCAAAGUUUACGGAGCUCACGGCGGAGAACCUCAAGAUCAUGUGCAACGAUCUCGAGGCGCGUGUCCCACCACGGCACAAGGACAUAGUCCCUGGCAUAGCGGCCACCGUGCUCCGGUGCCGCUCUGGCAUGAUGAGGAGGUGUCUGCGGCCACCGGCAGGGACGACAUGGCUGCUCUUCCGUGGAAAUGAUUGGCGCAGCAAGAAGGCCAUGGCCCUAGAGCUCGCGAGGCUCGUGUUCGGAUCCUACACCGAGUUCACCUCCGCGAACAGCGACCCCGGACUCAAGAUCAUGAGAAGGAGGUGGCCACGAGACAAUGGCGCCUAUGUUGGGACGAGAUUGCUCGAAGCGAUCCUGAAAAACCCUCACCGCAUGGUGUUCAUCGACGGGAUAGACGAUGGUGGCCUAGAUCAUCACGAGUCAGGGGACGCGAUCAAGAACGUGAUCAUGGCCUGCAAUGGCAAUGGCAACGGAGGUCUAGACGAUGCCAUCAUCGUGCUGAGCUCCGAUGGAGCGUCAUCGUCGUCGUCCUCGCCUCCGGCAAAGCGACGACGAGGGAUCGGCCACUACCGUGGAGAACAAAUUACCCGCGAGGGAUCACGACGUCGUUUGAGCUUGGAUUUGAACGCUCCUACAGAAGAUGAGGAGGAUCAUGUUGUGCGGGAAGAAGAAGAGGAUGAGAAUUUGGUUGAUGACGAUCAUGCUGGGAUCAUGGGCCUCGUGGAUGGUGUUUUCCAGUUCGAUUAGCUUUUUUCAGAGCGAUUGUUUUUCUUAGUUCGAAAGUUUGAAUUUUGCUCUCAUGUUUCUGUUUUCUUAGAUUUUAUUUUCCCUUGUACUUCACACAGUCGCAUAGUUGAACUUUUUUUUGUCCUGGA